AUGAUAUCCCCGCGACGCGUGCUACAAUCAGGAUUCAUUUGGUUUUGCACAUUAAAUGGGAUCACAUCUUUUUAUUUCUCCUCGGGAAGAUUACGCCAGUCCCGCUUUCUGGCCUGCUAUAGGGUUGUUCAUAACUUUGUGGUGAUCAUAUUGACGAUAAAGUUUCUGAUGGACUUUUGGCACUUUAGUGCAGCUUCCUUCGAGGAAUCCCCGCUGGUGAGGCUGGCUGCCAUCACAUAUUUCGGGCUCGUUUUUCUCUCCCUGAUCAGUUGCAUGGGUUGUGCCCAUCGGCGUCAGGACCGGAUCAUUAAAAUGAUUAUAAAACUCAAAGAUAUGGAUGCGAAGAGCAAAUCCCGGGGCUUCAGAGUACCCAAAAUCCAAAAGCGAUUUCUGAACAUCUUCAUGAUAACCGUGACUCUAUUGCUGAUCCUUCGACUCGCCAUCCAUGCUUUCUUGAAUGUCAGUCGGUUUUUGAGAGGAAACCACAAUCCCUGCAACUGUUUCCUGUCCGAGUGCAUGAUCUUCGCCACAAACUCUCUGGCCUUUGGCCUCAUGCUGGAGAUCUGCCGGAACUGGUGGCGCUUGCAGUCGGGCCUAAAGAUAGUGCUCCUGGAUCCCAAGCCUUUUACGGAUCAGCUUUGGCGCCUGCUAGAAUUGCAAGCCAUGUUCCAGUCGCUGAUCGAUAUGACCGAUGAGGUUUGCUUCGUAUUUAGGUUUGUGUUCCUCUCCUACUUGAUGCGCAAUGUGUGGAGUGGCAUACGGGUCGGAUACAUGUUGGUUCGCGUUUGCCUCGGACACAGUGCCAUUGAAUCGGAACUUCAUUACCUGCAGAUGGUAUUUAUCACCUGCAUCCAGCCGCUGUUCUUUUCACUGAUGAUGAACACCUUGACGCACACCUUGGAUUCCCUCUUGGAGACCACAAAGGAUGUGAUCAGGGGGCUUUACAGCCCGGAUCCCCAGCUAGAGCAAAGCAUGGAAUGGUUCUCAUUGCAAUUGGCGGAGCAGCACACUUACGUCCACAUCUUUGGAACCUAUCGCAUGAACAGAAGCUUGGCCUUCGACGGCUGUUCGGUUAUUCUACUACAUGUCAUCUAUAUGGUGCAAUGUGAAUACAGUUCGAUGUUUUAA